AUGCCCAGAGACCUGAAAUUGGACAAUAUUCUUCUGGAUGCAGAGGGUCAUUGCAAGCUGGCGGAUUUCGGAAUGUGUAAAGAAGGGAUUCUGAACGGAGUAACAACCACUACAUUUUGCGGAACACCAGACUACAUAGCUCCUGAGAUCCUCCAAGAGUUAGAAUAUGGUCCCUCGGUAGACUGGUGGGCUUUGGGUGUUCUGAUGUAUGAAAUGAUGGCUGGGCAACCUCCUUUUGAAGCUGACAAUGAAGAUGAUCUCUUUGAAUCCAUACUUCAUGACGAUGUGCUCUACCCAGUCUGGCUCAGCAAAGAAGCUGUCAGCAUUUUAAAAGCA